ACCUCAAACGAACGCGACACAACCAGAUUCGUAAACAGAUCCACAGCACACAAACACGUCUCAGAAAUCAUAGAUAAGAGACUUAUUUUGAGAAACAGUUGAACCACAGAUACCUAAAUCCAACCAACGACUUGAAAAUGGACAGCGCCAUUCAAAGAGAUGGGAGACUCUUGGACUUGACCGAUGAUGCCUGGAGGGAGGAUAGGCUUCCAUAUGAAGACGUCACUAUCCCUCUGAGUGAACUUCCUGAAGCUGAGCAGGACAACGGUGGAUCGACAGAGUCAGUGAAAGAACAAGAGAUGAAGUGGACAGACCUGGCCUUGCAAAGCCUUCACGAAAAUACACCAAGCACCGGGAGCUGAUAGAGACUAAACUUCCGAUACACUGAUGCUAGCAAGAGGUUUUCGCAUCUUACAUUUUCAUGAAAAAAAUGCAAAUUUAUUUG